UUACAACCAUAUGGAGUGGGAUGGGUUUAUUUUUGUUUUGACGUCAACGUCCAAUAUUCAUUAAUUUGGAGUAUGUUUUUGCCUGUGGGGAAAGCUAGUUAACCACAUAUGCAAAACAAUAGUAUGGGAACUGUAUUUGCACCGUUAGUGAAAGAUGUGUUUAUGUGAUUUUAGUCGCUGUGAAUUCUCGUAGAAAGUAUUUGGUUUUGUCCCCACAGGCAAAGCAGGAUGUGGCCGGGCGGGGAGGGGGACCGUGCGGAGACCAGCGACCUGGAUGCACAGUUCGCGCAGCAGCAUCAGGCCAUGGACCACAUGAGGCAGAUGCUGGCUGAGCGGGACCAACAGCAGGCUGCUCGCGUCAGGCAGGCCCAGGCGUAUGCGUCGAGGCUCACUGAGAUCAAGAGCCGAGCCAAAGCAUUCAAGAGAAGCGCGAGCAAGGAGGCCGUGGAAGCAGAGCAGAGGAGUGGGGAUGGGGCAGAAGAGGAGAAGGUGCUUGAGGCAGACGUCUCGCUCGACUUUAGCCAGGAAAAGGAAGAGCCCGAGAAACAGCCUGGCCUAGGCAGAAAGUCAGACAAGUUUCGCCAUGGCAACCUCAGCUUGCUGAGGAAACAAAUGGAGGAAAACAGGGUCAGGUUCGAGCAGCGGGGCAAGGAGAUGACGGAGAGCAAGCGAGGCGUAGAGGAGAUGCUGACGCAACUGAAGAAGCAGCUGGACGAGCGUGACCAGAUCAUCCAGGGACUGAGGCAGGAGACAGUCCCCUCCGUGCAGCACGCGCCGGAGCCGGCAGCAGCGCCCGGGGAGGGCCGACAGCUGCAGGAGCUGCUGGCGAGCAGGGAGGCCACCAUCGCGGAGCUGAGCGCCCGCGUGUUCGAGCUGGAGGAGAACGUGCGGGAGAAGGACUCGGUGAUCGAGGCGCGCACCCGGGCCAUCGCCCUGCUGUCGGAGGACCUCAGUCGGCGCAGCAAGACCACGCUGGAUGCCCUGGACGAGACCCGCCAGCAGAUGACGCUCAUGCAGCACAACUUCGUGGCCCUGGAGGCGGGCAUGAAGGAGGAGAAGGAGCGCCUCAACGCGGAGCUGGAGGCCAAGGACAAGAGGCUGGCGGAGGCGCAGGAGAGCGUGGCACGGCUGGAGGCGGCGCGCUACGACCUGAGCACGCGCAACGCCGCGCUGCAGGAGAAGGUGGUGCGGCUGCAGGAGCUGGGCGCGGAGCUGCGCGCGCAGCAGGACACGGAGGCACGGCGGGCCGAGCAGCUGGGCGCGGCGCUGGAGGAAGCCAACCGGCAGGCCGUCCGUGCCAAGGCGGGCCACGCCAACAAGGUGAAGGCGCUCCGCAAGCAGCUGGACGCCCUCGGCAAGGUAACAGAUGUCAACGAUGAGAUAUCAAAACUACAGAACAGGAUUGCCGAGCUGGAAGAAGAAAAAGGUAACCUUCAGUUACAUCUGGUAGACUUUGACGAACUCAAAGUUUCAGAGGCAAGCCUGAAGCAGAGGGUAGCAGAGCUGGAGGAGCGUGUCCGGCAGUCCAGCCAGGACCUGGACAGCCAUGUCCACGUCAUAUCCCUGCUGGAAGCUGACAAGCUGAACCUCCUGCAGAGGGAACAAGCCCAGACGCAGCAGAUAUCGGGCCUAGUAGCUGAGAACGCAGAACUGAAGACCGCCUUGACGAGUAUGGAGAUGAAGGCGGUGGAACUGGAAGAGCAGGUGGACGUGCUGCUGAGAGAAAAGGCGGAAGUGACGGCCACACAGAGCCGGGACGAGCAGUUCGAGGUGAUGGAGCUGUCCAUGGGCGAGGAGGCGGGCGACCGCGUCGGCAAGAACGAGAAGGACUCGUCGAACCUGGAAGUGGUGCUGAGGAGCCUGGAGGCAGAGUUGGGCGAGGCGCGGAGGAGCCUGGAGGAGCAGAGGACGAUCAUCUCGGAUCUGAGCGUGAAGCUGGACUCGAAGGAGGAGGAGCUGGAGAUGCAGCGGGAGAUGAUCUCCGAGCUGGAGCGGCUGUCGGCCGUGGACAACCGCACGCGGGAGGAGGAUGGCGACAGGAUCACGGACAUCCUGAAGGACGUGGGAGACAUGGCCGCGGACCUGGAGGAGUGGAAGACGCGCUGCUCCGAGGUCGAGGACCGCCUCAAGGCCUUGGAGACGGAGAAUGUGGGCCUGGAGGCUCGCUUCCGAGACGUCAGGAGCGAGAACGGGAGGCUGGGUGCCGUGCUGCAGGAGCACGUUGAAGGCAUACGUGUGCGUGAUUCAAACAUUCUCAAACUCCAGGCUGUGCUGGAGGAGAAUGGGCAAGUUUUGAAAGAGAGAGAGUCGGCACUUCGGGAGGUGCAGCACAUCUUGAACGAGGUGCAAGAGAACUUCAAAAACAGGUGCUCUGAGCUGGAAAUAAGAUUACAGGAAAAGCAGGCUGAAUUGGAAUCACAGAAGUUUUCAAUUUCAGAAUUAGAAAAUAUUCUUGCUGGUAAAGACAGUGAAUUAGAAUGUUUGAAAACAGAGCUUAAUAAAAAACAGCACCAGCUAGAUGUGCAAUUCAAUGAAAAUAAAGUUGUUAAAGAAAACCUUGAAUCAAACUUUCAUAACAAAAUUGAAGAGUUAUCAGUACAAAUAGAGCAGUUAAAUAGUAUAAACCAACAGUUGAUACAAGAGGCAAGUGACCUGAAGAAUGAUAUCCUUGAGAAAAAUAAGUACAUUGAGAAAUUGGAGCUAGGAAUAAAAAACAGUGAGGAAGUAGAAAAACAGUUGGAAGUUACCACUGAUUCCCUAAAUAAACUUUCAGAUGAUUUAGCUAGUGUUAAACAUGAACUAAAUUCGAAAUGUUUGGAAUAUUCAGAAACAGCAAGAAAGUUAGGUGAAAGUGAAGACAAGAAUAAAGAAAAGACUGAGAAACUUAAAAGACUAACAGCCAAUUUGAAAGCAAAAGCUUUGGCCUUAAGAGGAUCAGAAGAUAAGGUCAAGCAUUUGGAAGUAGCCAUUGAGGCUAAAGAAUCCACUCUCUCAGAACUGAAUGCAAAGUUGGCCAUUCUUAUGGAAAAUGCUAGUCGUGCAAAAGAUUUGGAGGUGAUAUUGAAAGAUAAAGAAGAGCAAUUGAUUCAAAUGAAAUUUCAUUGUGAAGAGCUAGAAGUAGUGAUGCGAGAUAAGGAGUCUAAAAUAUUGGAAUUAGCAGAGGAAACAUCAGAAUUGAAACAAGUAACAGAGAAACUGCAUCCGGGAGAAACACAUGACCAGGAUGAGGUUACACAAGUGCAGAACGAGAUGGCUGCUUUGAAGGCAAGACUAGAUUACAGGGAAAAGGAAAUUGAACAGUUGAGAGUAGAACAGGUGGAGCUGUUGCAAAAAUGUAACGAUGCAGAGUACAAGAAUAACCAUCUCAUGUCUAAAAUCAACAAGCUGGAACAGAGAAAUAAUUGUCUGGAAGUGAACAAGAGCGAGAACAAAGGGCGUGUAGCCGAACUGGAAGACGAAAUGGCAGCAAAGGAUUUUGAUUACGUGGAAGCCAUGGGCAAGGUGGAAGGGCUACAGGACGUCAUCUCGGAGCAGAAGCUGCAGUACGACAUUAACGUGGAGACGUCUGUGAAAGACAGAAUGAGCUAUGCCAGCCAGCAGAACAUGAACGUGGUCGGGCGGGAUAUGAAGAUCGUGGAGCUGGAGGAACAGAUCAGCUCCAUCCAGGAGCGCUACCAGCAGACCUGGGCCGCCUCCGAGGCCAAACUACAGGAGAGGGAGGCGGUGGUAGAGUCGCUGGAGUCGGAUUUGGCCAGGAGCCAGGACCGAGUGCAGUCCUUGGAGAACAUGGUGUCCGAGAUGGGAGAGCAGCACGGUUCGUUGCGGUCGAGCUUGGUGGCUCAGGAAAGACGGCUGGAGGAGGUGGGGAUGAGACUCCAGGAAGAGGAGGAGCGCAGACGGCUGUUGGAGGUGGAACUGGCUCGGCUUGUGGGCACGGAGACCUCGUCCAGGCAGAAUGUCGAGGAACUGCUGGAGAAGAAGGUAGAACUAGAGAGCUGCGUGAAGGAGAUGACUGCAGAACGAGACGAGUUGCGGAAGUGUAUCGCAGCAUUGGAAACUAGCUCCAGAGAAACGUUGAACGAAGUGGAAAGGCUCUCUGAGUUUGAGUCUGCGUUCAACGAGGAAUCUGUGAGAGUGCAGGCCCUCAUGAUGCAGCUGAGACAGCAGGCCACGGAGAUGGAGAGCAAGAGCAGAGACUUGGAGGAGUCGAGGCAGUACUGCGACAGUCUGGAGUCAGAUCUGAGGAUUUGCCAUCAGCAGCUGGAGGAGCUGGAAGCAGAGAGAAGGAACUUGGUUGAAAAUGAAGGGAAGCUAGUCUCCAAACUAAUGAAGGUUGAAGAUACUCUAACAUCUGCAUCUGAUGAAUGGGAAGGGAAAUUGAAUGAUCAAAACAACCAGAUCUUGCAACUACAAAGAGAGAAGGAGAAAUUAUGUGAUUCAUUAGGAAACAAAAUGGAAAGUCUUCAGCAUGUUACUGACGUUAAAGUUGAAAACUAUGAUGAUUUCCAAAAACAAAUUGCAGAACUUAAUAUACAGUUAUGUAGUUUGAAGGAAGUUAUUGUCAAAAAAGAAGAAGAAAUAAAAACCUACCAAACACGUCUACUUCAGCUACAGUUUGGUGGUCAAGGACACUUACUGGCCAAAAAUGAAGAAAUUUCUGUGCAGAAUAAAAUAUCAGAACUUGAAACUGUCAAUGCAGAGCUUCACAGAACAAUAGAACAGUAUGACAAAAAUAUUUUUGACCUUCAGGAGCAACUUUCACAUGCUCGCAUUGAUUUGGAAGGUGCAUAUUUGAAACUGAAUCACUAUGUAGAAGAAACAAAUUUGCUCAAUGAGAAAACAAAUGUUUUGCAAGGGGAAUUAGCUGCUAAGAAUACUGAGCUACUGGAACUCUCAGAUAAAUAUCAAUGGGAAUUGAAUGCAAAACCUUUUCAGUUGGAAGAACUCUCAAAUAGAUAUCAAGGAGAAUUGAAUGCAAAACAUUUUCAGUUGGAAGAACUCUCAAAUAGAUAUCAAGGAGAAUUGAAUGCAAAAACGCAUGAGUUUCAGGAACUUUCGAAUAAGUAUAAGGAGGAUAUGAAUGCAAAGAACAUUGAGUUGCAGGAAUUGAACGCAAAGAAUUUUGAAUUGCAGGAUUUGAAUGCUAAAAAGGUUGAGUUGCAGGAAAUCAGGGCUAAAGAAAUCACUGACGACACCACAAGUCUUUCAGCGCAUGCAGACUGUGAAUAUAAAAUUGCAGUAUUAAAGCAGGAGAAAGAUGAGUUGCUUAGGCAACUUUUAUGGGAGAAGGCUUCGGCAGAAGUCCAGAACAUCAUCACAUUAGCAGAAGAACACGUGAGAAGUGCAGUUAGCCCUACAGUGGACUCCUUCAUGCCCGAAGAUCAGAAUGUUUUGGAUGAAAAUGUUACUGUUAAAAAUGUUGAUGAUGUCGCUUCACAAAGCUCUACACAUCCUUCUGUGUGCUUCGAGGCCCAUUCCUCUUUCUUCCAGCCAUCAAUGAAGCGAGAUGAUCUCUCAUCAGCAGCAAUGGAAGACUUACUGUGGUAUAACACACGUAUACAGGAGUUGGAAGAUCAGGUACUGCAACUUCAGCGCAAUCUCAACCUCGUUGAAUCAGAAAGGAAUGACGUUGUAGUGCGAGUGAAAGAACUAGAAGCUCUGUCGAGAGAACCGGAAAAGCAAGAACCUGACGUUGAGUUGGUGCCCGUUGUGGAAGAAGUGUGCGUCCAGAAGUCUGCGUACCUGACGUACCAGCCCGACGAGCCGGCUCUGCACCCAAGCGACAGUGACAAUGAGCCAAGGGAACUCCACAACAUCACGUUCUUCCAAGAGCAGCUCAACUCCCCAUUCAGCAUGGAGGUGGAGCCAGUGGCACUUGAAGACGAGUCAUGGGGCUGGGGGACGGACGAGGCCAGGCUGGAGGAGGAGCACCUGAAACAGAAGCAGGUGUCGUCUCCUUCGCUGGAGACUCUGGAGAGGCAGCUGGAAGCUCUGGUCGCGGAGAAGAAGGCCGCAGAGGAGGAGGUCAAGGCCAUGCAGAUCCGCUGUGACAAACUACUUCACAAGCUCAAGGACAGUAAGAUUAAAAAUGACAACUUGAUGAAGGAGAAUUUGGAGUUAACCAAGCGCAACAUGUCAGCUUCUGGUUUUGGUGAUUUGGACUCUGCCAUCGAAGAAGAAUUCAAGAUUCGGGUGAAUACUUUAGAAAAAAACAUUAACGAUUUGACUGCGGAGCUAGAUACGGCCAGAUUGGAAAGGGAAAGUUUGUUGAAACAAAUCGACAUUUUGACAAGUGCCAACAGUAAAAUCCUUGAAAUAAAAGAAAAACAAGACCUGGACUUGGAUUUCUGCCAAAAAAGAUUCAAAGAACUUACUAAUGCAAAGGAAGCAGUUGAAUGGAUGUUUGAAGAGUUAACAGAAGAAAAUAAACUAUUAUUAUCUAAAAUUGGAGAGCUAGAAUGUGAGUUGAAUGUACUUAGAGCUGAGAAAUCAACAAGUGGUACACAGUUGGCUGCACUGUCUGAGGACAAUGAACAACUCCAGAUUCUGCUAGAGGAACAAAGAAGCUUGCGCUUGAAGGCAGAAGCUGACCUCUCGAGAAAAGUUGACCAGUUCAGUUUGUCGGCAAUAGAAAGCGCAAAGGAGGCUGUCAUAAAAAAUACAGUUUCAACCAUGGAUGAUCUCGGGCUCGAGAAAGAGAGCAGGGUUCAACAAAAUGAAAACUUGUCCCAUGCAUUGGUGAGUCUUCAGAGUGAGUAUCCAGGAUUGAAGGCAAGUCAAACAGUAAGUGACAACAGCAGUAUGGGAGACUUCUCUGAAACAAAAAUUUGUAAUAAGUGUGACAGUUUGCAGAAACAAUAUGAGGAUGAGAUUGACUCAUUAACCAAAGAAAUGUCUGAGUUAAGGAGACAGUAUGAUUUCAGAAUGGAGGAAAACUCAGUGUUGCUCAGACUUUUGAAAACAGCUCAAAGUCACUUUGAAAAGGUGUAUAAUAAAUGUGAAAGAAUGGCAGAUAAGUGGUUACAUGAAUGUGUCAACAUUGAAGAGGAGAAGUCAGUCAUUUUGCAGUUGCGAGAUGAACUAGAGGCCAGUGUGCGACAGUUAACAGAUGGUGUUCAGAAAGCUGUGUCUGGUGAAGAAGGAAGCUUUGUUGCUCUUUUUGCCAACAAAGAUUCAGAGAACUACGUCUCACAACUACGCGAACAAGAGAAGAUGGCUGCAGAAAUUGAGGCCCUGACCGAGUCAGUAAGCCUUAAAAACGAAGAAAUAAGACGACUGCAGGAUAGCAUAGCUUCAAGAGACGAGAAAGUCCAGCAGUUGGAAGAACACGCGAGGUCCCUGAGUUCACGGCCGGGAGAUGUUCAAGUGCGCGGGGAGUCUGGAGGGAAGAGCGAGGACAGGCAGAAGGGGCGGGAGGACGAAGACACCCGGAGUCUGAGCCAGGAGCGGUCGGAAGCGCGCGAACUGCGGCGGCAGCUGGAGGCCAGAGAGGAGGAAGUGAGCGAGCUGAGACGGCAGUUGGCGGCGAGGGAGGAAGACGUGCAGGAGCUGCGAGCGCUGAGGGGGGACCCGGGGGGCGGGGAGCAGAGCGAGCUGGACCUGGCCCUGUACAUGCUGCACCAGAGGGACGUGCGCUGCGACGAGCUCACCCUCGAGCUCAUGCAGCUGUUGGAGGAGAGGGAUACCCUGCAGCUGCGACUGUCGAACGCAUUGCGAACCAACGAACAGCUGCGGAGCCAAGCAAAGAGCUCGGCCGACUCGACUACGGAGAGUCUCAACAGUGCUCGAGACUUUGUGGGUCGGCAGCAGGAGGUUGGCGAGCCUGCUGCUGAAGAGAAUAGGGAAAGUUUGCAGGCACUGGAUAGCAAACUAUCGCAGCUGCACAGCGUAGGCUACCGCCGGGACGUGACGUUCCGGGACGAGCAGGAGCACAGACACUCCGUGCAGACGCAGCUGCUGCAGCGCACAGGCCCCGGCGUCGUCGUGGACGCCAGCUACACCCUGUCUCGAGAUGUGCAGCCCCAGUCUACAGUUCUCCUCAACUGGAUUAGAGGACGCAGCACUCCGCGCGUCAUGCACGUGUGACAGUGGCAGACCACCUCGCUAAACACCCAGCCGUGCCACAUCGCUGCACGGUUGUGACAUCUGCAAGUGACUGUUUAUGAAACGAAUUAUAAAUUUUAACAUUGACAACUUCAAAGUUUUGGCCAAACAUUGCUUUAGUUUUAUCACUUAUGAAAUCCUCACACAAUCACCAAGUUUCAGUUCACAAAUAUGUUGUGUCUAAUAUCGGUUCGUAAUCAUUCCUUUCUGCAUACAGUUUUGUUAUUGUCGUACACCCACAAAUGUAUUUCCUAUAUUUACUAAAAAUUGAUGUUAUUUAUCUUACAAAAUGCCAAAAUUUUUGCUGUGCUUUGCUUGAAAAAGUCUCUAUAUAAUGAAAAGUUACCACAAGCAAGCAGAUGGGGUAGAAACAUUUUGGCAAUUGUACAGUGUAUUUUCCAAGAAUUAUGUGGUUGGUAGAGGUUUUAAUGGGCCUAUCUGUGCAAAUACACUGAAGAAUAGUAACACUAAAGACUCACAAAAAAAAAUGAAUUCAUUGGCCUAUAAAAAUUUAAUGUUAUCAUCUAUGAUAUUUGAAAAAAUUAUAGUUUUUGUUGCAACAUUAUGUGAAAAUGGCAUCAUCAACAGCAAAUUGAAGUUCACCUCUCUCAUGCUGUCGUUGAUACAUGACUUGAAAUGAUUUCAAUAUUUUUAGCCUUAAACUUUUAGCAUGAAAAUCAUUUAAAAAGGAUCAAGAAUCAAUUCGAAAACUGACCACAAACUUAUAAAAAUGAGAUCACAACCAGAUAAAUACGGCAACCAACACAUCACUUUGUAUAUAAUACAGGCUACGUGUUAAAGUAAUUUUAUUUUGAUGGAAUGAUUGUUUUAUACACUAUGAAGAUUUGAAGAUUUGCAAUUAAUAAAUGUGUACUUUAUUUUUAAGUAAACAAAUUUUUGGGUCUUAUAAACUUUAUCUGGUUUGUGAUUAAAAAUGUUGUGGUUAUAAUGUACUUUUACUAAAGUUAUAAAACUAUCAGUACCCUAAAACAAUCAUGUAAACAUUUUCCCACACAUCAUACCUUUAAAUUGAAAAGAAAAAGAAA